CAAAAAGGUAUGUUGUUGGCAUCACGACUUGUUUUUCUAUUUGAACCCAUUUUACAGUGGCAUAUUUUCCACUCUUAAGAAUCCCCCAAUUACUUGCUCUCCAAAUUACUUCCUCUCCAAAUUUGCUCUGCAAAACCGCCUUCACUUUCUCCUCUCCGAUGACAAACCAACCACGACCUGCCACCGGCUAUCCGGCCCCACCCCAAAACGGUUACCCACCACCGCCACAACCACAAUCCAACUACUAUUACCCAAAUUAUAACCACAACGCGCAGCAAGCAUACUACCCUGCUCCACCACGCGCCACCUUCUUCCGGCGCUUCUUCGCGGCACUCAUCGCUGUUUUCAUCAUUUUGGGCGUCAUUCUCCUCAUCGUAUGGCUCGUGCUCCGCCCUCGCGUCCCGUCUUUUAGCGUCGAUUCUCUGACUCUGACCUCCCUCAACACCUCCACCUCUCCUUCCCAAAUCUCCGGCACUUGGUCCCUCCACUUCUCCGUCGCUAACCCUAACCACAAACUCCAUGUCUACUACGACGAAAUCGAGGCUCGUUUGUUCUACCGAAACUCGUUGCUUUCUCAGAAUCAACUCCCGCCGUUCGAUCAGGGCACCAAGAGUAUAACUACCAUGGAUGCUCAUCUCGCAGCUUCCUCUGCUUACCUUAAUUCGGAUUUGGUGAACAAAUUGAAGGAUGAUCGUUCAAGUGGUAGCGUCAAAUUCGAUCUUCAAAUGAUGGCGGUUGUGAGGUUUAAGGCCGGCGGUUGGAGAGCUCGAAGACGGUUUCUUAGGGUUUUCUGUGAUGAUUUAACUGUUUCAUUUUCAUCCAAUUCUACCAAGGGGAAUUUAUCAGGUGGGCCCAGACGCUGUUCUGUUGGAAUCUGAUACUGGUUCUUCUUCAUCUUCUUCUUUGCUAUUAAUUGGCUGUACAUGAAUCAUGAAACAGAGUUUCGGUAUGACACCCACUAAAAUCAUAGGCAUUUUGAUUGUUGUAGCUUUUUGUUAUUUUAUUUAUGUUUUUAGUGUUUCACUGUUUCUGUAGAUAGAGAUGGUAACUGGUAACUAAUUAUGUACACUUAUGAAUUGUAUAUUAUUAUGCCCUGUGAAAAACCUAAUGUCAUGCUCAAUUACUUACUGAUUUAAGAAGAGGAUAAGAAAGAAAUAUAAAUAAAGCGCUUUGUAAAGUGAAAGACUUUGUAUAUCUUUUAAUGUUAAGUUAAUUGCAAAUGACAAUGGCGCCUCCAUUUUGUUGAGUCAUUAUCAACUUCUCUA